AUGCCGAAACAAAAACAAAAAGCACCAAAAGGCGCUGCCUCAACAGCUGUAUCUACAGAGACAGACAUCAAUGACCCUCGAUUCUCCAACUUCACGACCGAUCCCCGAUUCCGCCUCCCUUCUAAGAAGCACACGAGGACAAAAGUCGAUAAACGAUUCUCGCGCAUGCUAAAGGAUGAAGAUUUCUCGAAUACAGCGAGGGUCGAUCGUUAUGGGCGAAAAUUGAGUAGUGCGGGCAAGAAAAAGGCUUUAGAGAGGUUAUAUGUGCCUGAUGAGGAGGAGCAAGACGGCGAAGGAGAGGUAGAUGUCGAGGUUGAGGAUGACGAUGUUAUUCAGAAGGAAUUGGGCAAUGCAGAUAGCGCAUAUGACCCUGCUAGAGGAGGAGGAUUUUCGUCGUCUGAGGAUGAGGACGACGACGAUGAUGAAGAAGAUGGUGGUGUUGAAAUUGAAGAGGCUGCGUUUCCAGAUAUGCAAGCUGAGCAAGCUGCUGUGGAAAUGGGUGAAAUAUCCUCAAGAGUAGCUGUGGUCAAUUUGGAUUGGGACAAUAUCCGAUCAAUUGAUCUCAUGGCCGUGUUUUCGAGCUUUGUUCCAGUCGGCGGUAAAAUCCAUAAGAUCUCAAUAUACCCCAGCGAAUUUGGCAAAGAGCGAAUGGAACGGGAAGAGCUUGAUGGGCCUCCCAGGGAAAUCUUCACGAGUAACCAGGCAGAUCAGGAGAGUCUAGAUGAGGACUCGGAGGAUAGCGAGGACGACGACCAGGAAGGGGAGGAUGAUGAGGAGCUAGAGGAGAAGAUCAAGAAGGACCUUCAAAAGGCAGAUGAAGGACAAGAAUUCAACAGCGCAGCAUUACGGCAAUACCAGCUCGAAAGAUUACGAUAUUACUAUGCAGUCGUAAUCUGUUCAGACCACGAUACAGCCCAAAAAAUCUACGAAUCAACCGACGGCACGGAAUACUUAUCCUCCGCAAAUUUUUUCGAUUUGCGCUUUAUUCCUGAUGGCGUCGAAUUUGAUGACAAGGCCCGCGAUGAAUGCGACAGUGUCCCAUCUGGAUAUCGUCCUACAGAAUUCGUCACUGAUGCUCUACAACACUCGAAAGUCAAGUUGACAUGGGAUAUGGAUCCGGAAGAAAUGCAAAGGAAGGAUGCUAUCAAACGUGCAUUCACUGGGAGCCGGGCAGAAAUAGGGGAGAACGACCUACGAGCUUAUCUAGGGAGUGACUCUGAGGACGAUGAAGAGGAAGAGCAACAGGCCGAAGUCGCUGAGAACGCCGCUGAGCCAAAAUUAUCAAAGAAGGAGUUAGAAAGGCAAAAAUUGCGGGUAGCUCUUGGUCUUUCGGAUGAGCCCUCAUUGAGAAAGAAAAAGUCUGGUCCUGUUGGCGACAUGGAAAUAACCUUCACCGCCGGUCUAUCCACCAAUGGGAAUGAGGGCGUCUUCGAAAACGAACCGAUAAUCGAAGAGACGACAGCUGAAAAAUACGUGCGUAAAGAGCGUGAGCGAAAAGCGCGAAGAAAGGAGAUGGCAAAAGCUCGACGCGAGGGUCGGGAUCCUAAUGCCGCCCCUGCAGAAGUUGCUGAUGGCGCUUCUGGUGAGGAGAAGGAGAAAGAAGACCUUGGCUUUGAUGAUCCCUUUUUCGCCACUGACGAAGUGGUGAAAGAGAAGGCAUCGAAAACUUUGCGCAAGGAAGAGAGGCUCAAGAAGCGUGAAGCCAAAGAAGCAGAAGCCGCGGCUAAAGCCUCGCAGCGUGCCGAGCUUGAGCUACUCAUGCAAGACAACACUGCGGAAGCUGCAGAGCGAUUAGAUCAUUUCGAUAUCAAUGAGAUUGCUCGUGCUGAGAAACAGGCGAAGAAGGGCAAGAAAGGGAAGGGCAAGAAGGAGGCGGGGAGCAAGAGGGGUGGUUUACAGGAGAAUUUCGAGAUGGACGUUGCAGAUGAGCGAUUUGCUGGCAGGCUGUUUGGGCAUCAUGAGUUUGCUAUUGAUCCUUCUAACCCGAAGUAUAAAGGGACUGAGGGGAUGAAGAAGUUGCUUGAAGAGGGUAGGAAGAAGAGACAUGUUGAGGGAGACGGGGAGGAUGUCAAUAGUAAGGCAAAGAAGAGAAAAGUCGAGGGUGCAAAAGGCGAGUUAAGCAGCUUGGUAGAAAGCGUGAAGAAGAAGAGCAAGAGAUAA